AUGUUUGGCUCAAGUGCAGGAAGCUCGUCGCUAUUUGGAGGGGGGCAGAAUACCUCAACUCCGACUUCCAAAGGUGUGCAGUCUGACAACAAUGCGUUUCAACCAAGGCAGAAGACGUCAUCUGGUGGUCUCUUUGGUGAUGUGAGCAGCGGUCAAGUUAAUGGAGCGUCAACACCGAGUCCUUCUGGUGGGAUCUUCGGCAGCAAAAAUGUAGGGAAUGGUCCACAAAGAGCCACUAAUAACCUUUUUGGCGGUGCAUCCAAUUCGGCAACUACUUCGACAACAUUUGGAAAUAAUAAUAAUAAUACUGGAAACUCGAACAUCGGCGCACCUUUCGCCUCAAAUAUUAAUCAGUCAACCUUCGGUUCCAAUAACGCUGGGCUUAUUGGACAGCCAAAUAGUAGUAACAACGCGAGUGCAUCACUUUUUGGUAACAGUAGUGGCACCAGUCAACAAUUAGGUGCAACAGGGGGAUUAUUUGGAAAUUCUGGGAAUACAGCUUCUAACGGUGGCCUAUUCAGCACUACUGCUACAAAUGGCAAUUCGGGUGGGCUCUUUUCAAAUAGAUCGCCAGCUGCGGGCAUCGGAUCUGGAAGCACGGGGACCGCUAUGAGCGGCGGAAUGUUAUUUCCUGGGUCAACUUCACAAUCUAAUCAAAUAUCUGCCCCAUUGUCUGCCAAUCCGUAUGGCUUGCAGAUCAAUAGCAUGUCCAGCAAUGUUGCAAACAUGCCCGAGUCCAUUACAUCAUCCGUCCUCAAAAGAAGUUCACCACCGAAGACAGAAAAGGUGAAAGAAAAAGCGCAAAGCUCGUCAUUUUCAUCUCCUAAUACCUCAAUACCCUCCAAUUUUAAGAGCAAUACUACCCUUAUAGGGAAAUUAAGUUCACGACUGAAAAGUUCGAGGAGCAUUGAACCCACACAAGGUCUAUUCUCUCCGGCAAGAAAACCUAUGUUUCGUCAGGAGGACAUGGAAAAAUUAGGGAAGGAUCACGCAAGCUCCGAAGUGCUACCAAUUAGAAAAAUUGUCGAUAACCAUUCGCAGACUAGUCGAACUGACGUUUCGGAAUUAAGGAGAUUGAAAAUUGACACUGGAAGAAGCGCGGCAAAAAAGAUCAAACUAUUUAACGGAAUGAGUGAAGCCACAAGCAUGAAGGUCUUGGGCGAGAAAGAAUUUGAGCCCAAAAGAGAUGAAUUAAAAACCGAUAUCAAGAAGCCAAACGAGCUUCACUUCGAAGCCCGUUUGCCAAGAGAAAAUGAAUUUGGGGAACAAAACGACAUUAAAAGUAAGGGAUAUUGGUGCUCACCUACUAUUGAUCAGCUUAGUAAGCUCCCAAUAAAACAGCUCUGCAGCGUUUCUAACUUUGUUGUUGGCCGUCGCGGCUUCGGAUCUAUAUCAUUUGACAGUGAUGUUGAUCUAAGCUCUUUCAUCGACGACCUUGAAGACAACUUGUUUGACAAAACUGUUAUUUUUCACGGAAAUAAGACCGUUGAAGUUUAUCCAGACAGCGUUACGAAACCUCCCUUUGGAUAUGGCCUUAACGUUCCGGCAACGAUAACGUUAGAGAAAAUUUACGCUAUAGAUCAAAGAUCAAGGGCGCCCAUCGAAGACCACUCGGCGGAAGAGGUGCAGCUACUAAUAAAAAAAUUAAGAAGAUUAAAGGGUAUGACGUUCAUUUCAUAUAACCCGUUUGAAGGUUUGUGGACUUUCAAAGUGCAGCACUUUAGUGUCUGGGGCUUAGUGGAUGGUCAAGAGGACAAUGCGGCCGACUCCGCUAAAUUAGAAAAAUCAAGACCGGUGGAACGGAAGCUCGCUUUUCCAAAGUUAAAGUCAUCAGUAACUCAACUUCCAACGUCAAUGGCGCAACAAUCUGCCAAAUCUUCUGUCCUUCACGCCAACGGCUUGGACAUAAUAGGCUCUAACGAGGUAAGCUAUCCCAGAUUCGAAUCGGAAGAUGCUGAAAUGUUCGAUCUCAUUGAUGAAAAGCAAUAUGAACCUUCUGAUGUUAGCGUCAACGAUUUCAUCGGCUUAGAACCUCAAUCGACUUUAAGCGUAUCUAGUGACUGGGUUUCACAGCUUAAACUCGCUGGCGAAUCAUACAAUUCCAUCUUUAAAAACUCGUCCAAAUCUGGAGUGCACGAUGAAGAAAGCGAGGCGUUAUUUCCAUCGUUAGACGCCAAUAUUAAGACUCGUAAAGACAUCAGAAGAACUCAACGUGUCCUGGCCCCCCCUCCCUUUGCCAAGUUUUCGAAUGAUUCAAACUUACUUUUGCGGUCUCUUGAAAGCCCUUCCGGGUGUUCGCUUAAGUCAUCAAUGCCUUACGAGCUCGAUAUUAAGACCAGAAUAAGUCGAACAUUUGAAUCCUGCUUUCCUCAAGCUCAAAUUGAAGCCCGCGAAACCAAUGGCUAUCCCGUAGUUAAAGAUUGGGCAGUCACUAUUGAAAGUAUUGGAAGAUUGCUGGGUGUAGGAGAAGAGCGGCGGCUAUGGGAGCUCAUUUCAAUACUUUUUGAUGAAUGCCCAACUGCUCAAGACGACGGAAGGUUGGAGGAAACCAAACGCUACAAAAGAUUAUGCAAUUGGGUGGUAGAGAAAGUUAAACCAAAUGUCUUGGACCGCAUCAACCUAUCAACAUGUUCCAAUGAAAAAAUCUUCAACCAGAUUUUGAUAGGAGAUAUCAUAGAAGCCACGGAAUUGGCAAUGAAAACUAGAAACCCUCAUUUGGCGGUUUUGAUUACGCUUCUAGGCUCGAACAACUCCAACGUUAAAUCUCUGGCUUGUCAGCAGCUACUAAAAUGGAAGGCGCUCAACAAAAAAGUUGAGCCAUUCGUCGUGAAGACGUACCAAUUGCUAGGUGGAGCUUUGUUUGACCAUCAAUCUCUGAUUGAUAUUGAAAACCAGUAUUCAUGGCUGGAGUGUCUUUCAAUGUGGUUAUCGUACGGGAAUACAGAUUCUAAGCCACUAACUGAAGUUCUCUCAAGCUUUUUGCGCAAACCAUUCAUGGGGAGCAUUCCACGGACAGAUAACUCUACAUGCAGUAUCUUGGAAUUUUUCAGCUCAAAGGAGGGAGAUGAAAAGCUUCUGGAAAAUAUCAGCAUAUCUAGCGAUGUUUUCAGAUGUCGAGACACCUGGUUCAUGACUCAAGCUCUUCGCUCCAAAGAUAACUGCAACUUUUCAACUGAGAAACUGGAUAGAAUAACUUCACAGUUUUUUGAACAAUUGGCGGCCAACAGGCUUUUUUCAGAGGCGCUUUUCACCCUUAUGUUUUUGAAUAAUGAUGAUUUGGUAAAACAAAAGAUAGACUCACUGAUAUCUAGGCACAUUCAGUUUUUUACUGAAACAUCUAAUAGAAAAGCUCUGGACAACUUCAAAAUACCAAAAGACAUUUUCUUUAAGGCCAGAGCACUUCACCACAAGUAUAAUGAGCAAUAUCUAGCCGAGGCCGAAAACUUGCUUGAUGGUGGAUUAAUCGAUGAAGCGGCGAAAUCUUUGUCUUUGAAUGUGGGACCUGAAUUAGUUUUGAGAGGCAGCAGAGACACUAAAAGCUUGAUAACGUUACGCAAUCUUAUACAAAGGGCUCUCAGUGGAAACGUUACCUCAGCACGAAAAGAUCUGGUUCUUUUUCAAGAUUACGCCCAAUUCGUCUUGGAUAGUGACACCAAUUUGACCCGCUUAGAGAGAAUAAUACGAACACUUCCGGCAUACUACGCAGAGCAGGGACAUUUGCGGAAGAUAUCAAUAUGUUGUUCAAUAAUUUCCAAUAAUGUGGCCCUUGCCUACCUGGAAAAACAUGAGGACAAGUUGGCUUCAGAUGCAACGAAGAAGCAACUACUUGUAUUGCCUUUUGGAGAACCUGAGCUGCAAUACAUCAAAAAAAAAUCAACCUUUCCCGGCCAACAUGAUAGAUCUUUAUUUUAUACAUACUCAAUAUAG